AGCAGUGUGGCGGCGGACGCUGCCAGGACCAGCGUGAGGAAGACGGGAGCCCUUGGUGGGCUGCGAACGAUUCACAGGCGAUGCCUCACAACUCCAUCAGAUCCGGUCAUGGAGGGCUGAACCAGCUGGGAGGGGCUUUUGUGAAUGGCCGACCCCUGCCAGAAGUGGUGCGCCAACGGAUUGUAGACCUGGCCCACCAGGGUGUACGGCCCUGUGACAUUUCCCGGCAACUCCGUGUCAGCCAUGGCUGUGUCAGCAAGAUCCUUGGGAGGUACUACGAGACUGGCAGCAUCCGGCCUGGAGUGAUAGGGGGUUCCAAGCCCAAGGUGGCCACUCCCAAGGUGGUGGAGAAGAUUGGGGACUACAAGCGGCAGAACCCUACCAUGUUUGCCUGGGAAAUCCGAGACCGGCUCCUGGCUGAAGGCGUCUGUGACAAUGACACUGUGCCCAGCGUCAGCUCUAUCAACAGAAUCAUCCGGACCAAAGUGCAGCAACCAUUUAACCUCCCCAUGGACAGCUGCGUGGCCACCAAGUCCCUGAGCCCAGGACACACGCUGAUCCCCAGUUCAGCUGUAACACCCCCAGAGUCACCACAGUCAGAUUCCCUGGGCUCCACCUAUUCCAUCAACGGGCUCCUGGGGAUCGCUCAGCCUGGUGGUGACAGCAAGAGAAAAAUGGAUGACAGUGACCAGGACAGCUGCCGGCUGAGCGCCGACUCCCAGAGCAGCAGCAGUGGGACCCGGAAGCACCUUCGCACGGACACCUUCAGCCAGCACCACCUGGAGCCACUUGAGUGCCCGUUUGAACGACAGCACUACCCGGAGGCCUAUGCAUCCCCCGGUCACACCAAAGGCGAGCAGGGCCUCUACCCGCUGCCCUUGCUCAAUAGCACCCUGGAUGAUGGAAAGGCUACCCUGACCCCUUCCAAUACACCCUUGGGGCGCAACCUCUCGGCUCACCAGACGUAUUCCGUGGUGGCAGCUCCGCAUUUUUGGAUCUGCAGCAAGUCGGCUCCGGGGUCCCAGCGGGUGCCUCGGUUCCGCCCUUCAAUGCCUUUCCCCAUGCUGCCUCCGUGUACGGGCAGUUCACGGGCCAGGCCCUCCUCUCAGGCCGUGAGAUGGUGGGGUCCACGCUGCCUGGAUACCCACCCCACAUCCCCACCAGUGGACAGGGCAGCUAUGCCUCUUCUGCCAUCGCAGGCAUGGUGGCAGGAAGUGACUACUCUGGCAAUGCCUACAGCCACACCCCCUACUCCUCCUACAGCGAGGCCUGGCGCUUCCCCAACUCCAGCUUGCUGAGUUCCCCAUAUUAUUACAGUUCCACAUCAAGGCCAAGUGCACCGCCCACCACCGCCACGGCCUUUGACCAUCUGUAGUUGCCAUGGGGACAGUG